AUGAACUCACAUGCUUGGCCACUCACAGUGCGGCCAGCCGCAGAAGCCGCCACGGCCACCGCCAGCGCCGCUCCCGCCGCCAAGAGCACUAGCACACACAGCUCCUGCCCGUCCACCCUGACGCCCCCGCUCAGCCAGCAGCGCGCCGGGUCGCGCCGCAUGUGCCGCGUGCCCGGCUGCGUGGAGGCGCUGCAGCCAGGCUACAGCGAGACCUACCGGAUCUGCCCUCUCCACAAGCACGCGCCCAGCUUUGAGAUGGAGGGGCGGCUGGUGCGGCACUGCCAGCAGUGCGGCAAGCUGCACGACCUGGAGGCCUUUGACAAGGCCAGGCACAGCUGCCGCAGGAGCCUGCAGCGCCACCAGCGCAACCGCCUGCUGCGGCAGAUGCGGGAGGAGGGCGGGGCGCCGGCGGCGCAGGCCGCGCAGGCCCCGGCGCCGACGCGGCAGCAGCAGCAGCAGGUGCCACUGCUGGCGCAUGCCCUGCCGCUGCCGCGGCAGGGCAGCAUGCAGGGGCAGAAGCGCGGGCGGGACGAAUGGCCGGGGCAGGCUCAGGGCGCUGCUGCGCCGGCGGCGGCGCCGGCAGGUGGCGGUGGGCAGGCUGCCGGGGCGGCUUUGGCGGCGGCGCCAGUGGGCUGCCCUCCAGCCGCCUGCUGGCACCAGCUGCUGGGCCUGAUGAUGCAGCAGCAGCAGCUGAUGCAGCAGGACCAGCAGAACCAGUGGCAGCAGCAGCAGCUGAUGCAGCAGGACCAGCAGCACCAGCGGCAGCAGCAGCAGCUGAUGCAGCAGGACCAGCAGCACCAGCGGCAGCAGCAGCAGCUGAUGCAGCAGGACCAGCAGCACCAGCGGCAGCAGCAGCAGCUGAUGCAGCAGGACCAGCAGCACCAGGCGCAGCAGCAACAGCUGAUGCAGCAGGACCAGCAGCACCAGCGGCAGCAGCAGCAGCUGAUGCAGCAGGACCAGCAGCACCAGGCGCAGCAGCAACAGCUGAUGCAGCAGGACCAGCGGCUGAUGCAGCACCAGUGGCAGCUGCACCAGCAGCACCAGCGGCACCAGUACCAGCAGCUGCUGUUGCUUAGCCUAGAGGACGCGCAGCCGCAGCAGCCCACCACCCCACGCACCCCGCUGCCCCUCACGCCGCUGCCGGUGUCGCAGGGCGCAGAGGCCGCGGCGCCCCGCCCCGCCGCGGGGCAGCCCUCGGCGGCGGCGCCCGCGGCCGCGCUGCCGCCGCCGCCCUCGGCGCGCCCGGCCGCCGCUGUGCACAUCGACGUUGAGCAGCUGCCGCCGGUGCCAGCCGACCUGCUGGAGCUGUCGUGCCUGCUGGGCUCCCAGCCCCUGCCCCAGCGCCCCCGCCCCGACCUCGUGCGCCGCGCGAUGCAGCUGCUGGAUGAACCGCUGCCCGAGCUCCGUGACAUGCCAGGCAUCGAGGAGCUGCAGCAGUUCAACGAGCGCCUGGGCCUGCACCUGCGGGCAGCCUCCGCCGCCGCCGCCGACGACGACAAGGCGCCGAAGGCGGCAAAGCGUCACCGCCUGGCCGGGCCGGCGGCGGGCGCGGGCGGCGUGCCGGCCGUGCCGGCGCGGACCGCCUCCCCAUCCCCGUCCCCCAGCCUGCCCCUCAGCCUCGGCUUUGGCAGCUGCGAGUGGGGCGUCCCCGGCGCGGCGCAGGCCACCAGGGCGGCGCCGGUCGCCCCGGCAGGGGUGCAGCCUCUGGCCGCCAUUACCCCUGCCGACUCAGCCACGCUCGCCAGCUUGGUGCCGCGGCAGCCGAUGACGCUGGCCCGCGCCGGCAGCCUGACCCCCGCCGCGGCCGCGGCGGCGGCGGCGGCCGUGGCGGCCACCGGGGCGGCGCCGGGGCGCGCGUCCCCGCUGGCGCGCGCCCCCUCCGCCACCUACGUCGUGCCGCUGCACAUCCUCUGCUGUGCUCACGCAUGCGUAUGCACAUUCAUCAUUCAUCAUAUUGACGAAACAAAGCCCAACUUACCCUUCCAGCAGCCACCAAAUGUGCAAGGCGCCGUGGGGCCCACAGCAGGCCCGUCCGAGAGCGUCGGGCCGGGAGGUCACGUCGCCCCACAGCAUGUGGGCAGCUGGCCCCCCGCCGCGCGCGCGGUGCGGGCCGCCAGCAGCACCGCAACCAGCCCGCCCUCCAUCUGGCUGAGCGGGGAGGGUGCGGAGCUGCACGGCUGCCAAGUGCCGGGGUGCUUUGAGGAGCUGCAGGCAGGAUACAAUGAGGACUACAGGAUGUGCAGACGCCAGCAACAAGUGGCCCACGAGACGCGGUGCGGCAGCCCCCAGCAGCACCAGAGGAAGCGGACGCAGCGACAGCAGCAGCACGAGGGGCGGGGCCAGAAGCGCGGCCGUGCGGCGCUUGCUGAGGACUGCGCGCCAGCGGUGGACAGCCCAGGCACGCAGUCGUCAGCGCCGGCGGCCCAGGAACCGAAGCAGACCUGCUGGCCAGAAGCCUUGCAUGCGCUGUGGCAGCAGCAGCAGCCGGGGCCGGCGCUGUACCAGCAGCUGCCCAUGUCGCCGGCAACACCCCUGCUGGUGCCGCUGCCGAGCCAGGCCUCGAAGCGGAGCAUUGUGCUCACGCUGGUGCCAGCGACAACUGUAGUGCAGCCGAAGAGGGCUUCUCGCAGCAUUACACGCUGCAGCCUGGCUCAGCGCCAAUCCAAGCCAAUUCCUUCGGGAACGCCUAAUAGAAUCGCCAAGGCUUCGGCACAGGCCUCCCCGGGACCCAUUCACUACUAG